AAUUAAUAUCUGCACUGGCUUGGUUCAUUGACUUGCAGAGAACACAGAGAUGGCAUCUACGGUGGUGAACUUGGUGCUGGAGAAGCUGGGCGAGCUUGCUUCCAGCGAGGUUUCCAGCCUCCUCAACGUGGGUGCAGAGAUCAAGUCGCUGACGGAAACACUGGCACUGAUUCAAUCCUUUCUCAGGGAUGCCGACCAGAAGCCCAGAUACGAGCAAAGCAACUCUUUGCAGGAGUGGAUGAGGCAGAUCCGGAACUCGGUGUUCGAGAUGGAGGACCUGGUGGACGAAUACGCGAUGCUGCUAGGCCGCGCUUCAACCGCUGGAUGCUGGAAGAGCCGUCUCCGACGGAUUGCCGCCUUCCCCUCCCGGAUCCUCACUCGCCAUCUGCUCGCGAGGCGCCUGCGGGACAUCCAUGCUAGAUUUCAAGAUGUAUGCAAACAAGCGUCGCAACUUGGCAUCCAAUGCUCGUCCUCCUUGCCCACCUCCUCCUCAUCUUCCUCUGCGGCUGACGCAACGCUUGCUCGAAGAUUUGAACUAGAAGAAGACAUUGUCGGUUUUGAUGAAGACAUGAAAGGCAUCAAAAGGCAACUGUUUGACAUUGGUUCAACAACUCGCGUUGUCCUUUCGGUUGUUGGUCCCGGAGGUUUGGGCAAAACAACGCUGGCUAAUAAGAUCUACAAGAGCGCAGAUGUCAAAAACUAUUUCCAGUGCAAGGCAUGGGUGUCCGUGUCACAGAAGUAUGAGCUCAAAGAACUCUUGUGCAGCAUUGUCAAGCAAGUGUUCGACUUCAAGGAUGAGGAAGUAAAAGGUAUGGAAGAACUAGAGAUGAAGGAAAAGUUGUCGGAGCACUUGCGCGACAGAAGGUAUCUAGUCGUGAUGGAUGAUAUUUGGGAGGUGGCAGCUUGGAACGCCAUUAAAGCAGCUUUCCCAAAAGAAUCGACAGGAUCCAGAGUGCUGCUGACCACGCGCAAGAUGAAUGUUGCAAACGUUGCAGAUGUUCCUCCACACGAGCUAAAAUUUUGGAAUGUCGAAGAGAGCUGGAAUUUGUUCUGCAGGAAAGCUUUCCGCACGACAUGCUGCCCUCCAGAGUUUGAGCGAUUCAAGGAAGAUAUCUUCAAAAAAACUAAAGGGCUGCCUCUUGCCAUUGUGGUACUCGGAGGAGUUUUGAGAGGUACAAGUCAAGCUAGUAACUGGAGGAAAAAGUUGGAACAUAUUUCUCGUGAAUUCAGAGAAGGAGAAGACCAAAUCCAAAGAAUAUUAGCUCUCAGCUACCAUGAUCUUCCGCAUCAUUUGAAGCCUUGCUUCCUCUAUUUUGCAGCUUUUCCUGAGGACUAUAGCAUUUGGGCAGAGAGGUUAAUACAUUUAUGGAUCGCUGAGGGUUUCAUACAAACGAAUGACAAAGUGGAUCAAACAAUGGAGGACCUCGCGGAGGCAUAUUUGAAUGAUUUGACCGACAGGUCCAUGUUACAAAUACAAAGGGGUCGGAUGUAUUAUAGCCACGAAGUUCGCAUUCAUGAUCUUCUUCUUGAUCUAGCACGUCAUGAAGCUCGUGAGCUUAACUUCUUCAGGUCCAUUGAUGACAUAGGUGACGAUCCAAGAUCUUUACGGCGUCUCAGCGUCACUGAAAAUGUCAACGACCAUAUCUCGUUGAACUGUUCUACCACUAAACUACGGUCACUUGUAACUUGUCGUAAUGAAGGCUUUAAGAGAAUGCUGGCAGUUGCCAUCCCUGGAGCGAAGUUCCUCAGGGUCUUGGAUUUGCAGGAACUACCCAUUGAACACUUACCAAAGGAGAUUGGGGACUUGAUCCUGUUAAGGUAUCUAAAUUUGGAACGAUCAAAAUUGAAGGAGCUGCCUUCAUCUAUUGGAAACCUCAUCCAUCUGCAGACUUUCAAUAUAUACGGUACUAAGAUUCAACAUUUGCCUGAUGCAUUUUGGAAAAUCCGAACACUGAGACAUGUAUUCCUCACUGAAGAGAAUACGAGCAUGCCUAAAGCGGCAUACUACUGCUUGGAAGACAUUCGGACACUUGAGAAUAUUUCAAUUGGUCCAUGGGUAUGUGAUGGUGCACUGGAGAAGCUGAGAAAUCUUCGAGCAUUGUAUUUGAAAAGCAUUUCAAGCUCUGACGAGGAUGCUUUAGCCAAUGCAGUCCAGAAUCUUUUCAGACUCGAGAAAUUGGGAUUGGUUGGAGAAUCGUUGCCGAUGAGCGUCCUAAGUUCAUCUUGCUACCAUCAUAUUCAGUUUCUGUAUUUGUAUGGACCUUUGGUAAGGCCUGCAAGGAUUCACAUAGAGGCAGAAAAUUCCAUGAUAUUUUCCAACCUGAUCUCUCUCUUUAUUAGUGAAACAAGGUUGGAAAAGGAUGAAGAUAUUGCAAUGCUCGCAUCUCUCGCAAACCUUCAGAUUCUUCGAUUGCGUUUUGGUGCAUUUGUAGGAAGAGUUUUGGUGUUUCCAAAGGGAGGAUUUCCUAGUCUCCAGGAGAUUGAACUGUAUAGAUUGAGAACCUUGGAGCAAUGGGAAGUGGGAGACGGAGCAAUGCCUUUCCUUCGGGAACUAAGAAUGUGGAACUGCAAAAAUAUGAGAAUGCUACCAGAGGGACUUGUAAGAUUGACUGAGCUCAAUCAAAUUUACAUAAGAGGAAUGAAAAUGAUAGAGAGAAGGGUUAACAAGGAUACUGGAGAAGAUUAUCACAAGAUCAAGCAUAUUCCUUGCAUUGAAAUAAAUUGAAUGAAGGAAAGUCUUGCAAGAAGCUGGAGGUACAGAUAGCAGCCAGAUUUACUAUAGCACAAACAGCUAGCACACAGAGUUAGACAACAACUCCCUCCAGUAGGGAUCCUCUUGUCCGCAAAUUACGGACCAGGAGAUGGUCCACUAUAUGAGGAUCCUUGAUUUGGAUGAACCUCAUCUUUAAAUAGGUGGGGUCCAUCCAAAUCAAUGGUCUAAAAAAAUGAAUCAUCCUAUUGGCGUAUAUUUUUGUACUAUGCAUUAUGUUAAAUUCUCAAUUUCGAAACAAUUAAUGCUGAUUUUGAAUAAUGUAUGUUUAAUGUUA